CCGAAUAUGAUCUCGAUUUUAUUCUAAUUUACUAUCCUUCAAUAAAAAUCGAAAUUUUCCGAAAAAAUAGCGCAUUUACAUAGUGUUUUUGCAUUUCAAGUCUUUUAUAGAAGGAAAAGUCGUAGAAUAAAAAUUCUUUCGCCAUUAAAUCGGCCGUCACUCGAAGUAUAUGAAACACUAUUUAAAUUACGAAAAAGCAAGCUCACUGUUUUUUUUCUAAAUUUCCACCUAAAUGCCCACUGUGUGUUGGUUGCCACUGUUAGAUGGUUGGCCGAGCAAUUUUAAUUAUUCUUUGUCGAAAAAUUCUCAAUUUUCAAUUGAUCAUAUUGUUUAACACAUACGUCAGAAAAGCUCAUCAAACACACACUUUCGAAAGGAAAUUCUUCAACUACAACUUAAUAUAUUUGAAUAAUACUCAGCAAAGAAUAAACUCUCUACAUUUAAGUGUUACAUAAACUUCUCUACACAUUUAAAUGUUACCUUUUGUCAUUAGGUAAUGUGGCUGUUUUACUUCGUACAAGAUUGAAAUGUACUAUAGAAAAACAUCAUGAUCACAAAUCAUCGGAAGAUAAGGAGCCAUCCACGUCAACGUCUGAACCUCAACAAUCAUCUGAAAAAUCAACAAGAAAAUCUCCGUCACCAUUUCCCGAUGAUAAAAUAUCACACCUAGCAUUAAACGAAGUUGUCAUCGACCGCGGUCCAAAUUCAUAUUUGUCCAACUUGGAUUUGUACAUUAAUGAUAGAUUUAUAACAAAAGUUCAAGGAGAUGGUUUGAUCAUCUCUACACCAACUGGAUCCACAGCAUAUGCAAUGGCAGCAGGUGCAAGUAUGAUUCAUCCAAAUGUCCCGUGCUUACUUAUAUGUCCAAUUUGUCCACAUUCCUUAUCAUUUCGACCGAUUGUCAUUCCAGCUGGCAUUGAAUUAAAAGUACUAGUAAAAGUAUCAGAAGAAACACGUUUAACAGCCUGGCUUUCUGUUGAUGGUCGUAAUCGACAUGAAUUACAUCAUCAAGAUACUGUACGAAUAACAACGAGUGUUUAUCCGGUGCCAGCUAUUUGUCGAUUUGAUCAGUUAGGCGAUUGGUUUGAAUCUUUGGCGGGCAUAUUGCAUUGGAAUUUACGUAAAUCUCAACUUGGAUUUAGUGAAACUGAACAAUCAACUAGUACGAACAAUGAUACGUUAGACAGACCGACACCUUCUAAAAACACAGAUUAA